AUGGCUUGGCUUGUAGACAAGUUCUCCUUUAUCUUGCCUUUCGUACUUCUUUCCUUCCCAGACAUAUCCUACGCUGGCGUGGCCACCCGCCAGGGUGGACCUCCUAGCGUGACUGUGAAGAACGGAAGCUAUCAUGGCACCCAGAAUCCGACUUAUGGCCAGGAUUUCUUCCUGGGAAUGCCUUUCGCGCAGCCACCCGUUGGCGACCUUCGCUUCCGCAAUCCAGUCUCUCUGAAUACGACCUGGACCGGCACGAAGAAUGCAACCCAGUAUGGCUAUGCAUGCUAUGGAUACGGCUCCGACGAUUGGGUGCUUGGGAAUCCUGUGAGCGAGGACUGCCUCACCAUCAAUGUCGUCCGUCCGACUGGGACGAAGCCCAAUGCCCAGCUACCGGUUGGGGUAUGGAUUCAUGGUGGCGGGGCAUUUAUGGGCAGUAGCUUGGAUCCGCGCUACAACCUCUCCUUCAUUGUGCAGCAGUCUGUUCAGAUGGGCAAGCCUUUUAUUGGUGUCAGCCUAAACUACCGCCUGCAAGCAUUCGGAUACCUCUUUGGGUCAGCUGUUUUGGAGGAAGGUGUCACUAACAUAGGUUAUCGAGACCAACGAUUAGCACUGCACUGGAUUCAGGAAAACAUUGCGGACUUUGGCGGAGACCAUGCGAAAGUGACUAUCUGGGGUGAGAGUGCUGGAGCUUCUUCGGUCGGCGCGCAACUAUUAGCCUACGGUGGCAGGGACGACAAGCUCUUCCGCGGUGCAAUCCAAGAGAGUGGCGGGCACAUCAACUCUGCUCGCCAAAUCAACGCUUCAACCUGGGACAAGUACUACAACAAUAUCACUCAGGCCACGAACUGUAGUACAGCUUCCGACACACUGGCAUGCCUCCGUAAGGUGCCCAUCGACGCUCUCAACUCUGUUUUGAACAGCAGCGUGACAGCUUCCGUCCCUUACUGGGGCCCGGUGGUCGACAAUGACUUUGCCGUUGACACUGGCACUCGGCAACUUCUCAACGGCAAGUUUGUCAAGGUUGCCCUGCUUCACGGCAGAAAUAGCGACGAAGGGACAGCUUUUGGCACGAGAGGCAUCAAUAAUACGGAACAGUUUUUGGCCAGCGUGAUGUCGGCGGGACCGGACAGUGCCACUGCAGCAACGAUCGCGGCUCUGUAUCCUGAUAUCCCUGCUAUUGGCAUACCGGCAACGUUAUCAGGUCGUCCGCCGCCAGAAAAUGCUUCGCUGGGUGUCCAGUGGAAACGUUCGGCGGCCUAUGGAGGGGAUCUGAGUCAACAUGCAUCGCGACGCCUGAUCUCGCAAGUCUAUGCAGCCAACAACAUCAGUAGUUGGAGCUACCGUUUUAAUGUCCUGGUCAAUGGUCAAACACCCGCCUCGGGCGCAACGCAUUUCCAGGAGGUUGCCUUUGUCUUUCACAACCUGGAAGGCUUGGGAUACAACAACUCGGUGGCUGUGGAUCCGUUCGAGAAUAAGCCGCAAACUUACCAGAGAUUGGCGACUAUCAUGAGCCGCAUGUGGAUCAGCUUCAUCGCCGAUGGAGAUCCGAACACGAACAAAGCUACAUCGGUGCAUUGGCCCGUGUAUACUCUGGACAAUCCUCAGAAUAUCGUCUUCGACACGAACGUUACAGACUUGCUGCACCCUGAGCCCGACUAUUACCGCGCUGAAGGAAUCCAGUAUAUCUCUGAUCGUUUCAUUUCCGUCUACGGCCGAUGA